CAUCUCCAUCUCCAUCUCCUCAGCUUCUCCACAUCACCCUUGAUCAUCAAUCUAUCCAGCACCCAUCUCCAAUUCAUUCGCUCUCAUCACUACUCAUCUACCCCCUCAGCCAAACUCUAAACUCCAUCCUCCCACACAUCAACACCCAAUACCAACCAAUCCGAAGGAUGACCCCCCCCAUCAAACGCAGAACAACCUACCUCCAAGACCCCGCCACCCCCUUCGACCCCUCCCAAGCCCGUCUCCUCCCCCAGGCUCUGGAGAUCCGGAAUUUACACAGCGCGAAGCAGGAACGGUGGACCGUGUCUGUUGAGGAGUUGUUGGGCAGUGGUGGUGGUGGUGGUGGUGGUGGGUGGGAUGCCGAGGUACGUUCCCCCCCACCCCCAACGUUCCCUGGGCGAUCGGUUAUCUUGAAUAUCUGGUAAUGUGUUUCUGUGGAAGUAUCAGGUCCGAGAGUUUUUGGGCAGUGGUGUGGAGCGGUUGAGUGUGCGGUGGGCUUCGGGGGAUGCUGCUGCUGGCGCCGGGGGCGCUGUCACGCCCUUCGCCAGUCGGGUUUCCGGGGGGUUGCAUGUUUUUUUGAGACCGGGGAGGGUUCCGGGGCAGAAGGGUGUUGAGGGCGAGGAAGGAGGGGGGAGGAGCGAUGCGGUGUGUCGGGUUUUGAGGAGUGUGUUUGGCUCGGCGGAGGUUAAGAAGUGUCGGG